CUGUGGCUGCUGCUGCUGCUGCUGCUGCUGCUGCUGCUGCUGCUGCUGCUGCUGCUGCAACCAGACUGUUCUGUUUCUCAGGAUACCAUCAACUUUUCCCAAAACUUUCUCCGUCAUUAGAUCCUUCCACUAGAUUCCUCACACUGACCUGCAAGAUCUCUUGGCACAGGGUAUUUAUUUUUGAAAAUGAUAUUGGACAAGGCAAUCACUCCUGAAGAGGUAACUACUUCUCUCAUCAUUUUGGUGAUAGUUUUUGUUUUUGUGAGAGCCCUCAUGAGUAAGCGGAGAAGGCAGGUAUCUCCUCCUGGCCCGUGGUCCUUCCCCCUCAUAGGAAAUCUUCUUCAGCUCGGAGACCAUCCUUUCCUGACGUUCACAGAGAUGAGGAAGAAAUAUGGAGACGUCUUUCUCAUCAAACUUGGCGUGGUGCCCGUCGUGGUGGUGAAUGGAAUGGAAAUGGUGAAGCACGUGCUCCUGAAGGAUGGAGAGCAUUUUGCAGGCAGACCUAACAUGCAUACGUUUUCUUUUCUGGCAGAAGGGAAGAGUUUUUCAUUUUCAGUCAAUUAUGGAGAGAGUUGGAAGCUUCAUAAGAAAAUAGCGUCCAGUGCUUUACGAACUUUUUCUAAAGCAGAAGCAAAAUCCUCCACCUGCUCUUGCUUGCUUGAGGAGCAGGUCAUCGAGGAAGUUUCUGAGCUGGUGAAAGUCUUUGCAGAGUUGACUUCAAAGAAGGGUAGCUUUGAUCCCAGAAAUGCCAUCACAUGUGCAGUGGCCAAUGUUGUCUGUGCCCUUUGCUUUGGCAAGAGGUAUGACCAUAGUGAUGAGGAGUUUAUUAGGAUAGUUAAAACUAACGAUGACUUACUCAAGGCUUCCAGUGUAGCUAAUCCCGCCGAUUUCAUACCAUGUUUCCGCUACCUUCCACUGCGGAUUAUAAAUGCUCCUCGAGUGUUUUAUCGGGCCCUGAAUGAGUUUAUUACACUACACGUACAAGAUCAUCUUACUACGUAUGAUAAGGACCAUAUGCGAGACAUUACUGAUGCUCUGAUUAAUACAUGCCAUAAAAAAUAUGCCACUACCAAAACAGCCACCUUAAAUGAUGAUGAAAUCAUAAGCACUGUGAAUGACAUCUUUGGAGCUGGGUUUGAAACUGUAUCAACAUGCCUGUACUGGAGCUUUCUUUAUUUGAUACACUACCCAGAAAUUCAAGCCAGAAUUCAAGAAGAAAUUGAUGGAAACAUUGGCCUAAAGCCACCCAGAUUUGAGGACAGGAAAAUGUUACCCUACACAGAAGCUUUCAUAAAUGAAGUGUUCAGACAUGCCUCCUUUAUUCCUUUUACUAUUCCACAUUGUACCACAGCAGACACUACUUUGAAUGGCUAUUUCAUUCCCAAGAAUACGUGCACCUUUAUUAACAUGUAUCAAGUAAAUCAUGAUGAAACUAUCUGGGAUAAUCCUAAUGUAUUUAGUCCUGAGAGAUUUCUAAACGAAAACAGGGAACUGAAUAAGAGUCUUGUGGACAAGGUCCUGAUAUUUGGAAUGGGAAUCCGGAAGUGUCUGGGGGAAGACGUUGCUCGGAAUGAGGUAUUCCUUUUCAUCACCAUGGUUCUGCAACAGCUCAAGCUGGACAAAUGCCCCAGGGCCGAGCUGGACUUGAUGCCCACGUAUGGCUUGGCCAUGAAGCCCAAACCGUACCAGCUCCAAGCAGAGCCCCGCUCCGCUGAUAGUGCAUCUUAGAUUCUCAGACUGGUGGCGGCUUUCUGAUGCAAGUCAGAAAUAUUAUGUGAUUCAUAUUCAUUUAAUAAGCAAUUUAAAGGUUGCACCCAAUGCUAUGCUAUUAGUUCAGUUCUUUUUUCUGUCAUCAUAAUAUAGGAAGUCUUUUUUAAAGUGUGGUGUAGCCUCAGUUCUAAUAUGAGAGAUCAAGUCUCCUAAGGUUAUUUUAAGAUAAUAAUAAAGUGUGAUGUCACUCAGGAAUUUUAAACCUAUGUCUCAUGUGAUGGUGUCCCAGGGGCCACUGUGAACAAGAAAGGAAGGAAAAAAUGAGUGGCGGAUUGGACAAGGAGGUUAGGAGGACCUGUCUUCCUUCCUUUACACCAGCUUCAAAUAGACAGGUGUGUUUUCAUUAGUUUUAAAUAUAAGGUUCACAAUAAGAACAAGGUUCUGAUGUUACGUAUGUAUUUUCCCUGUGGUCUAGGGAAAAGGUGCUGAAGGGGUCCAGAAAGGGGAGCUAAGGUGGCCUGGAAGAGCAGAGAACAUUUUGUGGUGGGGAUAGAUGAGCUGAGCUAAUUUUAUUUUUUUAAAAUAUAUUUUUAUUGAUUUCAGAAAGGAAGGGAGAGAGAGAGAGAGAGAGAGAGAGGAAAAUAUCAAUGAUGAGAGAGAAUCAUUGAUUGGCUGCCUCCUGCAUGCCCCACACUUGGGAUCGAGCCCACAACCCAGGCAUUUGCCCUGACGGGGAACCAUGACCUCCUGGUUCAUAGGUUGACACUCAACCACUGAGCCAUGCUGGCUAGACGAGCUGAGCUAGCUUUAGAGAGGUGGAGAAAAGGUCAUAAGAAGUCAUUUAUUCAAAAUCCAUUUUUAUAUCAGCUCUUAUGUUUUCUGGAUUAAGAAUUUAACAUCAGAGCAAACUGAUGUUUUUAUAAUGCUAUCCAUUUUUUUGUGUUUUUUGCUACCUACUAAAUACAUGUGUGCAUUAGUGUGCUAGAGCUGCUAUAACAAAAUACCACGGUGUGAGUGGCUUCAACACAGAAACUUAUUUUCUCACAGUCCUAGAGGUGUUGGCAGGGUUGCUUUCUCUCGAGGCCUCUCUUCUUUUGUAGAUGGCCACCUUUUCAUCAUGUCCUCACAUGGCCUUUCUCUGUGUGCAAACACCCCUUGUGUCUGUCCUUUAUCUUAUAAGGACACCAGUCAUACUAUAUUAGAGCCUCCUCCUACGGCCUCAUUUGAACUUAUCUCUUUAAAGACCUUACAUUCAAAUACAAUUUCAUUGUGACGUACUGAGGGUUGGUAUUUCAACAUAUGAAUUCUGGGCAGGGAGAGGGGCACAAUGCAACCCACAAUAACAUGAAAGAAAAGAUAGCAAUUAUUUACAAAUACCUUUCAGUGUAGUAACCAGCUUAUGUGCGUGCUUCUUUAAUUGAAAAUGUUAACGAGCGAAGGCAUAUAAGGAGCAGAAGCAGUGAAAACCAGAGUAAAGCUGUAAGGGGAUUUGCAUGCUAAAGGACUUAGAAAUCCGGCUGGUGUCUGAUUUAAAUGGGAGGCCGUUAGGGCGGGAUCGCCUCUCGAUAAUGACCCUGCUGACCGGAUUGCUGCAAUAGAAGCAAAGUCAAACAGUUCAGAGACAUUGAGGAUUACAGUCGGGACUUAGUCUUUCUUUUCAAAUAUAAAUAAACUCAGCAUUGUCCUUGGGAAUAAACAAAUUGGGUUGUUUGUCUCUUUUUUUGUGAAAGCUUUUGAAAUUAUUUAUAUUGUCCUCAUGACAGUGUGUCAAAUAGAAACUAUUUUGCCUUUUUUUCUGAAAGAAACUGUCAAAUCUUCUGUUUACUGAACAAUAAUGGGAUGACCAGAACACUACAAGAAUCUUCGGUUUAUCUGGUUAUUUUCUUUAAAGAAUUGUAUUUUUCUAACUUCUUUUUUUAACAGCAAGCAUAUAUGAUCGAGUACUUUUAUUUUAACACACUGUAUUGUAAAAUGCUAAUUUUCACUUUUACUAUGCUGCUGAGGCAUAAUUAAAUGGUGUACUAUUGGGCUUUUUGUACAAUUCAUAAGUUUGCUUUAUACGUCUUUUUAGAAACAUGGACAAGAAUAAAAUAGGAAAAGUGUAAAAGCAAAGUAGGAAUGACUUUUUUUGUCAUUUAAUAUAUAAAGAUAAAUUAUUUUUAAUUAUAUGUAUUUGCUUAUCCUGAAGUGAUAAUUUAUGAAAUAUAAUCAGGAGUAAUGCAGUGUACCAAAAUAUUAUAUCAAAAUAAUUUCUAUUGCCCUAGCCAGUUUGGCUCAGUGGAUAGAGCGUCGGCCUGCAGACUGAGUGGUCCUGGGUUCGAUUCCAGCUGGGGGCACGUGCCUGGGUUGCGGGCUCGAUCCCCAGUGGGGGUCGUGCAGGAGGAAGCCGAUCAAUGAUUCUCUCUCAUCAUUGAUGUUUCUGUCUCUCCCUCUUUCUUCCUCUCUAAAAUCAAUAAAGAAAUAUAUUUUAAAAAAUAAUUUCUAUUAACAUAAACACUUUAAAUUAUCAGCUGGAAAUGACACAAAAAUGCAUUGUGACUAUAGAGCUGUUGAUAAUAUGUGGAUAUGUGCACCAGUGAUAAAGCAAGAUGAAUUAA